GAUGGGGGGCUGGAGGGGUGGCAGGCGGGGGCUCGGGGCCGGAUCCUGCCCUCUCCCCACGCCGGCACGAAGCUGACGCUGGUGCCAUGGUUGGGGCCAGGCCCCGUCAUCCUGCGCGUCGCUGGGGCAGCUGGUGUCCGGCAGUGCCACCGCCCUGGGGACAGGCCGGAGGAAGUUCCCUUUCCCUUUAAAUGCAAAUCCCGGCCCCAGGGCUAGGACGGGUGUCCGGUGGGCUCGGGGGACACGGCCGGGCCGGCCACCGCAGGCUGGACGGGGCCUCACGCAGCGCUGGGGAAGACGCUGAGGCCAGGCCGGUGGCUCCCAGCCGCGCGUCAGGCCCCGGCUUUGCUCCGCGCCGCCAUGCUCCAGCGCAGACGACAGGAUAACGCAGCGUGAGCCCGGCCGCCGGCGCCCAGGGAAAGGGGUUCCCAGCUCCGGCCUCAGCCUUCCCGCCGCCGCCACCUCCCCGCCGGGGGACCCCGAUCCUCCCCGGGGACGAGAGGCCCCGCGCAGGGAAGGGGCCACCAAGAGCUGUGUCCAUCCGGUGUCCCCGCGCCCAUCGGGAUGGAGGACUGGAGGAAGAAGCGGAGCCCCAAAGCCUGCCUGGCCCAGCCGGCGCCCCCCGUGGCCCCGCGGCCGCUGCCCCCCAGCAAGAGCACGUCCUUCGCGCUGCCGCUGCCCACCCUGCCCUCGCCCAGGCAGCGUGCCCGGCUCAGGCGGACAAGCAAGGAGCGGGUGCGGGCGGGUGGCGCGGGGGCGGCGCGGGGGGCCCCGCUGCAGCACAGCUUCCUCACCGAUGUGUCGGACGUCUGUGAGAUGGAGGGAGGGCUGCUCAGCCUCCUCAGCGACUUCCACUCGGGAAAGCUGCAGGCCUUCGCUGGAGCACGUGCGGGAGAUGCAGGAGAAGCUGGCGCGGCUGCACUUCGGCCUCGACGUCUGCGUGGAGGAGCUCCCCGAGGAGCAGAAGAAAGCGGUGGCCGACAGGAACCUGGACCAGCUGCUGGCGCACACAGAAGCUGCACCUGGCCGAGAGCCCCGACCCCGAGGAUGCCGCAGCCGGACCCUGACCCUGUGCCCGGCCCGGCGGGGGGGGAGGCGGGUGGCAGCCACCAGGACCCCCCCGGGAGCCCCACAGCGGGGCCCCCCCGCGGAAGGGCCGAGGGAGGCGACAGCGGCCUCGCAGCGCCGUGACAGCGGCGCCCCCCCCGCCCCCGGCUCCCCCAGCCGCCAUUUUGGUGGGACCCUCCGUGACGGGGGGCGGUGACGGGGGGGCGGUGACGGGGGGGCGGGGCCCGGCGGCGCGGCCGGAUGACGCCACCAGGCGG